AUGGCAUCGCAAGAAAGGGCGACAGUAGGAGGACCCGAGGGAUCCGGGGGAGAAGGAGAAGAAGGAGGAGGAGGAGGAGGAGGAUUCACACUGCUCCUCUUCGCGUCCGCGUCGACGUACGCCGGAGGUCAGGAGACGCUCACGCUCCCCGCGCCCACGACCAUCGGCGCGCUGUUCAGGACGCUCGAGACCAAGUUCCCGGGGAUCCUCGAGAAGGUCCUGCUCAGUUCGGCCGUGACCGUCAAUCUGGAGUACGUCGACUUGGACCUGGAUCCGGAUCUGGACCUCGGGAAUUUCGUCGAGGGGAAAGGCGGCGGCGGUGGUGGUGGUGGUGGUGGUGGAGGAGGGGGACGACAUCAGGGGUUGGACUUGGUGAUCAGGAACGGGGACGAAGUUGGGAUAAUUCCACCCGUCAGCAGUGGAUGA